UAACUUUUCCACAACCAUUUCAAAACGAAACUUUUUGACAACAAGUUUAGUUCUCUACAAUGAAUUCUGGAACCAUGCAAGACUUUCUGAAAGGAAAGACCAUUUUAGUGACUGGCACAACAGGGUUCUUAGCCAAAGUUUUUGUGGAAAAGAUAUUACGGAUUCAACCAGAUAUACAAAAGCUUUAUCUUCUCAUAAGAGCUUCAAAUACUGAGUUGGCCUCUCAUCGCAUGCAAAAUGAGGUGUUUCAGACAGAUUUGUUUCGAGUGCUAAGAGAUAAGUUGGGUGGAGGUUUUAAUUCAUUUAUAUCAAAGAAGGUUGUAGCAGUAGCAGGAGAUGCUGCAGUUGAAAAUUUGGGAAUAAAAGACAAUACCAUAUUAAAUGUGAUGUUUGAAGAGAUAGACCUUAUUGUCCAUUCCGCUGGAACUACCAAUUUUAAUGAAAGAUUUGACAUUUCAAUGGGUGUUAAUACAAUGGGAGCUUUACAUGUCUUAAACGUUGCAAAAAAGUGUCGCAAAAUAAAUGUCCUUGUCCACAUAUCUACGGCUUAUGUAUGUGGGGAGACUAAGGAAGGAAAGCCAAUAUUUCAAGAGAAGCCAUUUGAGAUGGGUCGUCAAUCUCUAGAAAGGACUCUAAAACUAGACAUACACACAGAAAUGAAUUUGCUGGAGAAAAAAUUAGAUGAAUUACGAGCAAUGAAUGUGGAUGAAAAAACAAUCAAGCAUGCGUUGAAAGAUUAUGGAAUUGAAAGAGCAAAUUUGCAUGGUUGGCCAAACACAUAUGUAUUCACAAAAGCAAUGGGAGAGAUGCUUUUAGUUCAUCAUAAAGAUAAUGUUCCAUUGAUCAUUAUACGUCCAACAAUGGUAACUAGUACAAGCAAAGAUCCAUUUCCAGGUUGGAUUGAAGGUCAAAGAACUGUUGAUAGUAUGAUAUGUGCCUAUGGUAAAGGGAAACUGCCAUAUUUUCUUGGUAAUCCCAGGACAAUUUUAGAUAUCAUGCCUGCAGAUUUGGUCAUCAAUUGUGUGAUUGCUGCCAUUGUUAUUAAUUUAAAUAAAGCUCCUAAAAAUUUCAUCUACCAUGUUUCUUCUUCAUUAAGAAAUCCUCUCAAAAUUUCUGAUGUCCACAACAUUUCCCAUCAAUAUUUCAAGAAAACUCCUUGCCUAGACGAAGAUGGAAAGCCAAUAGUCAUCUCUAAGGGAAUUGCCUUGAAAAGUAUGGCUGCUUUUAACAUUUAUACAGAGACCCGAUAUGUCCUGCCACUUGAGGUCUUAAAUUUGGUGAACAAGCUGAUUUGCCAUUCCUUCCAAGAUGUUUAUGAUGAUAACUACAAGAAAAUACGAAUCGUGAAGCGACUUGCAAAACUAUACAAACCUUACGUGUUUUUUAAAGCAGUCUUUGAUGAUACAAACACGGAAAAUUUAAGAAGGGAAACUAUGAGCUAUAACAUGGAGAAUGGAAUGCUAGAAUUUGACCCGAUUAGCAUUAAUUGGACAAACUACAUGAUGAAUACGCACAUUCCUGGUCUCGUCAAGUAUGCAAUGAAAUAAUUUCAAAAUUAUAUACUACCCCAAAAUGGCUGGAAAUUUCUAUUUAGAGCUUAUUGUUUGAAAAGUACUCAAAAUGGAUUGUAAUAUUUCAUGUUCCUUUCAUCCAAAUAUGAAUCGUAGAAACAUUGCUCUUUAGAGCUUAUUGUUUCAAAAGUAUUUAAAAUUAAUUGUAAUAUUUCAUAGUUCCUUUUAGAGUUUAUUGUUUCAAAAGUAUU